CUACUUAAACACGAGGUCGGUAAACAGCUUGCAUUUCUGUGAGCAGAUUAGUUAUCUGUGGCAAUGUUGGCUGUGCUAGUUCUGUGUCUGGUUUUACUGGGGCGAUUCUACAACAGACGCAGAAACAGAGUGUGGUCGACCUCCAGAUGUACAGGGCGCUCUUCCAGAGCCCGAGUUUAGGGACAUCACCAGCUUUAAAUCGGGCGCAACGAUCCAGUACAGAUGUGACGUCAAGCAUUACCUUGUGGAUUUAACAAGCUGGUCCCGAAAUUGUUCUGACGGAGAAUGGGGCGAGGUACAAUUCCGGUGUAUAGUAAAAUCAUGUCCGGCAUUGAAUACGCCGGACAACGGACAACGGAUGGACUUUAACUAUGAGGUGGGAACGUUUGCGAAGUUCACGUGCAACACCGGAUACGAGAUGGUUGGUGUCGCGCAGCUGUUGUGCAGAACGGAUAUGGAAUGGAGCCCCAAAGAUCCUCCUACAUGCAAACCUGUGCGGUGUCCAGAUGAAUCGUACCUGGCCAACGGCCGGGUUGUUCAAGAGACCUACCGACAGGAGAAAAAACACAUUUGGAAUUACCAAUCGCUAUUACUGUAACAGUGGGUACGUUCUCAAAGGAUCAUCCGCUAGAACGUGUCAGGCAAACAAGUCAUGGAGUGGCACAGAGCCAAUUUGUGAUAUGCCGAGAUGCCCCGAUAUGAGCGUAGAAAACGGAGAGAUUAAAUACAUAGGCGACAGGGCGAGAUACACGUAUGCACACGUAAAUUGCAAUGACGGCUACACCGUUGGAAAAGGUGGAGUGGAAACAGUCGAAUGUCUUGGUAGUCUUCAAUGGGAGAGCAUCUUACGUUGUUACAAGACAGUGAAACCAUGGAAACCUGAUAAAAGUAGAAUUCAGGAUUUGCGAAACGAAGAGGAAGAUCUUGAACAUCAUGAAACUUACAAAAUCCGCUGUAACUGGCGCUAUGAAAUGAAGCUAGAGCAUGGCCGUUACCUUGGCGAAGACGAAACAUACACGCGUACCGUUGAGGUGGAGAAUUUGAACGGAGCUUUGAAGUACGGUGAAAUUGAUGCAUACACGUUUUCGUGUGUUGGAAAAAGAUGUUUUCAAAUUGAUAAAUCGAAAUAUCCCAACGUGGUCAUUCAACCAAAGACAAAAUAUGUAGAGCAUGGACAGUCUUACCAUUUAUCUUGCGAGAACGGCUAUGAACACAGUCUGGAAAGCGAUCCAGAUUGGACGUGCAGCUAUGGUAGUCUUAAUGAGACAAUUCUAAAAUGUACAGAAAAGCCUUGUGAUACUCCUACCAUAGAAAAUGGUGUACUGCGAAAUUUUCACAAAAGGGUACAUUCCAACCCAACCAUUGUGAGCGGCGGUGUUGUGUCACUACAAUGCAGUGAAGGAUUCUUUCUGUAUGAUAACAACAAGAACGAGUUCAUGGAGGAACAUGUAUUUAACAUCAAAUGUGACCGCGGAAACAAAACAUCAAUACCAUCGUGUAAAAAAGCCUCAGGCUGUACGCUUCCAAACGAUCCAUACGCAUCAUAUUAUGUCAACAAAGAAAAAGACAAAUAUGAAGGAAACGACACAAUCUCACAUGAAGACAAGGUCCGUGUCGAGUGUGAUAAAGGUACUAGUUUAACAGUGUUAACAAAGCCCUCAAAUGACGGUAGCAGAAUAUGCUGGGAUGGCGCCUGGAAAUCAGGAGUGCAAUUCCCAUUUUGUAAACCAGAUCCAUGCCGUUUAAUAAAGGAAAAGGGUCGUCGUUUUAUGCUAAUGGGAACGGAAGAAAAACGCGAAGUCGCGCAUGGAAAGAAAGUGAACGUCGUUUGCGAUGAAGAUUACGAUAUAGGCGGAAACGAUGAGGAUUCUAAUUCGAAAAUACAGUGUCUGAAAGGGCAGUUUGAUAACAUGUACCGUUGCGUUGAGAGAUGUGUCAUCCCUGAUAUAUCAAAUGCGAACAUCACACGAUCAAAUGGCACACAUCCAGAUAAGCUGAAGCACGGAGAAAACGUGUCAGUAUCAUGCGAAGAAGAAUUCAUUUUGUAUGAUAACAACAAGAAGGUCAUUGCGGAAGGUUCCUUUAUUAUGACAUGUGCAUCCGGAAACGUACCGUCCAUACCAUCAUGUAGAAAAGCGUUGAACUGUUCGCUUCCACGUGAUCCAUAUGCCUUAUAUUAUGUCAACGGAGAAAAUCAUAUCGGAGACACAAUUUUACAUGAAAGCAAGGUCCGUGUCGAAUGUGAAAACGGUACUAGUUUAAAAGUGUCCUCGGACGACGUCAGAACAUGCUGGAAUGGUGCCUGGAAAUCAAGAGAACAAUUUCCAGUCUGUGUACAAGGAUGUGCCAUCCCAGAUAUACCAAAUGCGAACAUCACACGCACAAAUGGCACGAAUACAGCUAAGCUGAAGCACGGAGAAAACGUAACUGAAAAUAACUUAAUACUUUUGUACUUCUUUGUCUGUAUAAAUUAG